AUGGAAGAUCGUUGCUCGAUCAAGAACGAUGUCACUGAGUUGAUAGGUAACACACCAAUGGUGUAUCUGAACAAAGUUGGUGACGGUUGCGUAGCCCGUAUAGCCGCCAAGCUUGAGAUGAUGGAGCCUUGCUCUAGCGUCAAAGACAGAAUCGCUUACAGUAUGAUCAAAGAUGCAGAAGACAAAGGAUUGAUUACUCCCGGAGAGAGUACAUUGAUUGAGCCAACGGCUGGUAACACUGGGAUCGGUUUAGCCUGCGUGGGAGCUGCAAGAGGCUAUAAAGUGGUCCUUUUCAUGCCCUCAUCGAUGAGCUUAGAGAGGAGAAUUAUUCUAAAAGCAUUAGGUGCAGAGCUUCAUCUCACAGAUAUGAGCAUAGGCAUUAAUGGAAUGUUGGAGAAAAUUGAAGUGAUGUUAAGCAAAACUCCUGGUGGUUUCGUUCCUCAACAGUUUGAGAAUCCUGCAAACCCUGAGAUUCAUUACAGAACCACGGGACCAGAGAUAUGGAGAGACUCAGCAGGGAAAGUAGAUAUAUUGGUGGCUGGUGUUGGCACUGGUGGAACAGUUACUGGAGUAGGGAGGUUUCUCAAGGAGAUGAAUAAAGACAUUAAGGUUGUUGCGGUGGAGCCUGCAGAAAGUCCGGUACUCAGCGGAGGAGAACCAGGACGACAUUUGAUCCAGGGAAUUGGUUCUGGUAUCAUCCCAACCAAUCUGGACUUGAGCAUUGUUGAUGAGAUCAUUCAAGUGCCAGGUGAGGAAGCUAUUGAAACAGCCAAGCUUCUUGCUCUCAAAGAAGGAUUGCUGGUUGGAAUAUCGUCUGGAGCUGCUGCAGCUGCUGCGAUUAAGGUUGCAAAGCGGCCAGAGAACGCAGGGAAACUCAUUGCGGUGGUUUUUCCCAGUGGAGGAGAACGUUACUUAUCGACUAAACUGUUCGAUUCUGUUAGACAUGAAGCAGAGAACUUGCCGAUUGAAUGA